GCAGGGAACUCUGCGGGGCCUGUACCUGUGCGAGCUCGGGUCCCAACCGCCGCCGCGACGAGCCCGGGCCGAGUCCGUGCGUGAGCCUCGCCGGGCAAGGAGGGGCUAAGCAGCCUUGGGCGGCGGGGAGAGGCGAGAGGAGCCAGGGAGAACCCUCCGACACACAGAGACCACGACUGCGCCUCCCUGCCCGGCAGGUUUGACGUUUGCUGUUGUUGCUGGAAGUGACGUCACCGCGGGGGACGCGCGGGAAGCGGAAGCGGCCGUUGGGUCCCGUGGCGGCAGAUUCAGUCUUCGCCCGCUGCCGGUCCGGAGCAGCUGCGUCCCGGCGCGUUCCUGAGGGCAGACAGUGAGGUACCCACCGUCCCAGGGCGGCCGCGUUCCUGAGGGCAGACAGUGAGGUACCCACUGUCCCGGGGCGGGCACGUUCCUGAGGGCAGACAGCGAGGAUAGAUCUGCAGUUGGAAAGACACCUUUUUGUAGUUUUCACCCAAAUCCUUAGGAGAAUGUACUAUAUUGCAUUUAUUUAAUAAUCUGAAAGAAUAAUAGCAUUUGGAAUAAUGGCAACAAGAGACCUAAAAGGAACUUUAAGAAAAAUUGAACAAGGACUUCGCUUGUUAAAUUAUCCAAGAGAUGUGGAUUAUACAGUGUUAGCAAAGGGUGAUCCAGCUGCAUUUUUACCUAUUAUCAGCUAUUCUUUUACAUCUUUUUCAACUUAUAUAGCAGAACUUUUGGUAAAGUGUGGUGUGGAGCUCACAGCAAAGAGUGACUUGCGUUUUGUUGAAGCUAUUUAUAAGCUUCUUCGAGAUCAAUUUCAAUAUAAACCAGUAUUAACAAAACAGCAGUUUCUUCAGUUUGGCUUUGCAGAAAGAAAAAUGCAGCUUGUUUGUGACAUUAUCAACUGUGUUUUGAAGAAACAUAAAGAAUUAAGUAACUCAAAUAAGGUUAAAUAUGAAACGAGGAAAAAACUCAGAUCUUUUAAAUGUGAGGUGUGGUCAAAUUGUGAUCUUGUCCUUGCUGAUCCUACUGGCAGUGUUCUGAAUUCCAAACAGAAGCCUCAAGUAGAACGUCACUUGGGAAAUGAGAUUAGUGGUGACCUUCAUCCACUGCCCCUUCCAGUACAGGGAGAUAAUGAAGAAGAAUCAUACCUAGAUCAUGAUGUUGUAGAAGUUAAAUGUGAACAAGUCAUAGAGGAUAAUUCUCAGAUUGAGUUCCUAAAGAGUCAACUUGCUGAUUGCCAGGAAAAGCUUCAUAAAUUAGAUUGGAUUGAAGAUAAACUACAAGUUUUAGAAGAGAAACUGAAAGGAAAGGUGAUCAUAGAUGAGAAAGACUGGAAUAAUUUGGCAAGUCGAGUUUUGCUUCUUGAAACAGAGCUGUUGUUGCAAUCCAGAAAGAGAGACUUAACACCAGAGUUCAGCAAUACGAGUCAUGAAUGUACUUCCAAUAGGAUUCCAGUUUCCUCUGAUACAGAGAGGAAGGAGGAGAUGCCAGAGAGUCUUCAUCGGUUGUCUGGAUACAGUUCACUGUUAUCCACAGACCCAUUUCCCAAAGCCACGACCAUUAAUUCUCAUGAUCUGACAGACAUUUCAAAGGAGACAAGACAAAGAAUGGAAAGGAUAAAUAAAAUAAUUGAAGCAACUGCAGAAUUAUUGAAAACAUCAAGCAACACUUCUGAGACCACCUGAAAGCAGAGGCCUUCAGACCAGAUCUGUUGUAGACUUAGAGAUAUCAGAACUUAUAUAUUUGUACAGCAUUAUAUUUUUUAAUAUAUCUAAUAAAGAAUCAUCACUUUUAUUCCUUUUGAA